AUGUUUCUCAUCCGUCGCGCACCGUUGCGGGUUGUUCCUAAAACUGCUUCCCUCCAGCAGCGGCGAGCGUUGGGCAGCGUCAGUGCCAUUGAUUCUGCCAUCUUCAGAACACUUUUCGGCACCGAAGAGAUCCGCAAAGUCUUCGACGACAAAGCUUAUCUAAACCGUUGCGUUGACGCUGAAACGGCUUUGGCGCGAGCGCAAUCGCGAUGCAAGGUGAUUCCAUCUCACAUCGGCGAGAUUGUGACGUCCAAAUCUCAAGGCGCGGAGCUCGAUUUUGACAGACUGCGGCGAGAAACUGAGAUUGUUGGCUAUCCCAUCCUUCCAUUAGUACGGCAACUUUCAGCACUUUGUGGGGAGGAGGCUGGUCGCUACGUCCACUGGGGUGCCACUACCCAAGACAUUAUGGACUUAGCGAGCAUUCUGCAGAUGAAGCAGGGGCUUGAAAUCAUCGAAAGAACUCUGCGAUCUGUCAUCAAAAAUCUGGAAGCCCUAUCAAAGAAGCACCGAGACACUCCCAUGGCCGGUCGCACCCACUUGCAGCAUGCAUUACCGAUUACCUUUGGCCACAAGUGUGCAAUUUGGCUCUCUGGAUUCCAGAGACAUCUCGAGCGCUUGGAACAGCUCAAAUCUCGCACACUCAUGGUCCAAUUCGGUGGCGCAGCAGGCUCGCUGGCAUCGCUGGGCUCUGGCGACGAUGGCAUUCGGGUUCGAAAGGAGAUGGCUCGGGAUUUGGGCCUUACAGAUCCUCCCAUCACUUGGCAUGUCGCGCGCGAUGGUGUCGCUGAGAUCGCAAACUAUCUCGCACUCGUUGGAGGCAGCCUGGGCAAGCUUGCGCUCGAUAUAAUCAUCAUGUCAUCGAAUGAGCUAUCCGAGGUAUCUGAACCCUUCGUUCCCCACCGUGGAGCCUCUUCCACUAUGCCACAGAAGCGCAAUCCCAUCUCCAGCGAAGUCAUAUUGGCUGCUUCCAAGGUACUACGCUCGAAUGCAGGCUUGGUUCUUGAUGGGAUGGUUUCAGAUUUCGAACGCGCUUCUGGACCCUGGCAUCUCGAAUGGGUGGCUGUACCUGAAUCCUUUGUUCUUGCUGCAGGUGCCCUCCACCAGGCGGAUUUCGCGCUUUCCGGCUUGGUCGUGAACUCAAAAGCGAUGCUCGAUAAUCUUUACUCCACUCGAGGGCUUAUUGUGGCGGAGGCGGUCAUGAUGGGGCUCGCUCCGCAUGUGGGUCGCCAAAAGGCCCACGAUAUCGUGUAUGAAGCUUGUAAAGAGAGCAUCGAGAACGACACCAGCCUUCUUGAAGCUCUUCAAACCCGUGACGAGGUCACUGGAAAGAUCUCCCACGGCGAUCUGAGUUCACUGUGCGACGCCAAGAACUACCUCGGUUCAUGUGGCCUUAUGGUCGACGAAGUUCUCGCCAGGUCUUUGUAG